CGUGUUCGCAUCUGGAGAUACGGUGGAAAUAUUGAGAAGGUGCGAGUGAUACCGAUGGGAGCAACCUAUGAGUGCAAAUGUUGGCAGUAGGCGCGAACUUUCUGUUCGAUUCGUCCUCUGACCGGAAAGUGAACCCCCAAGAGCCCCGCGCACACGCUCUCCUCUUGUUUGAACUCAUCAAUAUGCUAGGGUGCCUUGGCAGGUUCUUCGUUUACGCCUAAAGCGGCAGCCUGUUGACUUAAACCACGGACGUCGUCGCUAACGUUUAGUGAUGUUUUGUUUCUUAGCUAUGUUCUUCGCGUUUUACUCCGCGUAGGCGUGCGUCAUUCACCUCUGCCCAGCGCUUGGCCGUAGCCUCGAAGCGCAUCGAGGGCUGCUAUGAAGAGAGACAUCCUACAGACCCGCUGUGCUCACUUCUUGGGAGUAUGCCAGGUACUUGUCGACUGCGGUGUGAAGACCACAAAAGGUGGCGAAUGGAGCCGCCAAAAUGGGUGGAGUCUGCCUCUGCAUCCGCUGCAGCUUGUGGCCUGGUUUUUUCUCGCAUACUUUUUGGUCAUGUAUUUUGCUGUGCUCGUGCCCAGCUGUCCCGCUGGAGGCUGGCAGAUUGGUCUGUCACUUGUCAAUGCAGCUGUUGGCAUUGUUCACAUAGUUUCACACAUUCUGAGUGUUAGCGUUGACCCAGCAGAUGCUAAUGUGCGAGCUAAAAACACUAAAGGUCCACUUCCUCAAUUUGAUCGAAGCAAGCAUGCUCAUGUGAUUGAGAAUCAAUUCUGCUACAUCUGUGAAGUAAAAGUGGGAAACCGGUCAAAACACUGCAGCAGUUGCAACAAGUGCAUCGAGAAAUUUGAUCAUCAUUGCAAAUGGCUUAACAACUGUGUUGGAUCAAGAAACUACAAAUACUUUGCCGUAUGUGUGGCCAGUGCUCUGACGGCCUGCCUUCUGACUUUUCUGGUUUCUACUGGGCUUAUUGUGGCAUACUUUGCUAAAAGUACUCUAUUUAACCACACUGCAGGUUUAUUUUAUGUGUUUGUGCCAGUAGAUAAGACCAUCUGGCUCCUCAUGGUGGAAAUAUGUGCAGCCCUCUCUCUUCUUGCUAUUGCCCUUCUAAGCCACUUGCUCGGUUUUCACUUAUUUCUUGCAUUCAAAGGACUGUCGACCUAUGAUUAUAUUGUUCUCAAGCGUAAUGCAUCUUUCCAUGGAAGCACACCAGUAGAAAAGAGGAACUUAUUUUUGAAGUGGUGCAAGAACAAGGUCAACCAGGUUUCACCUGUGCAGCAGAAAGCUUCAGCAGCUCAAAAGACUGAUGCUGUUGACGUUGCUGGAAGAAGAAGUGUCAAGAUCGACGUGCCUAAUGGUCACGAUAAAAGUACCCGUGGUGGCUCAUUGCACUCUCGAGAUGUGCAGCAAACCAACAGUCCAUCACGUCAACGCUACGUCCUCCGAGAGAUACACAAGUCAAGGCUGAAGGUGGCUCGCAAGAACCGUGGUGGCAAGCUGAUGGAAGUGUCAGAGCAUGGCAACCAUGCCACUCCAGUUGUGGGGCUCGCCAAUCAGCAAGGUAGUGGUUCUUGGGGUCACCGCACAGAUGCUGUGAGGCUGUGAGCGUGCAUGUCCUACUGCACUGCACCUGCCUUGGCUGCUCUGCAGGAAUGACACCAUCCCCUGCAAGGGCCCCCGAUCACCAAAGAACUAAACUUGAUUCCAUCAGCGUGGCUGGAAUCACCUCGGCCAGCUGUUCGGUCUCGCAGUCAUCCUUGGACGCUGACGAUGCAGUCCAGGUUCCCAUGGCAGCCAAUGCAGCCUUAAGCCUGGGAACUUCUGCCCGUGGAGGGAGCCUUAGCAACUUGCUCUUUACUGAAAAUGCUGUCUUACCAGCAUCCACACCUGGAGAGUUGCUCAUAGAGCACCACUCAGAUUCGUACAAGGAGAGCCCACGAGAAGCUCGGCCGCAUGUCAGAGCUCUGCCACCCCUUGCCAAACGUGCAAUAGCUCCACCUGCUACUGCUGCUGCCUCAACAGCAUCCAGCGCUAAUGCCGAAGGUGAGGUGUUUACCCUGUCAUCUCAAUUGCCUGAAACGGUGGAUGGUGAUCUUCAGCGCUGGGCUGUCAGGUCGGCUUCUAUUCCUUGUGGUAAUACGUUUGAGGUCUCUGCUGAUGUUGUUACAGAGCCCCGGUGAUCUUAGGUCACUCGGGAAAAAGCUAAAGGGUUGCUGUCAUGUUCUUGUUUCCCAUUCUUGUCAGCUGCUUCUUUGAACAAGUAUGGUUGAACACGCACAUGGUGCAUUCAGCCUAGUCUUACAGUUGGCAUUGUUGUACACCUUCCAUGUAAUUGUAAUGUGUUUAAUGUAGGUAUUGUAUUGUGUAAUGCAGAAUGUGUGAACUGGCUUAAACUAAUUCGUUUGCUCCUGUUUACCUACUUUGCAUCACUAUUAUUGCGUGCACAAUUGUUGUUUGUUUCAUGGUGUUAAACUCUGUACAAGUAUGGGUGUCUUAAUGCCUGUGUAUACUCUACAAGUGAAACUUCCUUUGGUAAUGUGUAUUUUUGUGUAUGUGUUUGUCUGAAUUUCAUACUCUUGUAUAUGGGUGUAUAACAAAAAAAAAUCAUUUAUGUGCAAUGUUUUAAAAAAAAUGAGUACAAGGUAAAUCUGUCUUCUUGAUUCAGUCUUAUUUGUGAACAUGCCAAAUUGGUAGUGUCAGUAUGAAGAUUAUUCAUAGUCAGGUCAUACAGAAACCAUUACUGCAGUUAGCACUGUUACAUUAGGCUGAGAAGGACAGGAUCAUAUCUUGCCACUAUACUCUUAGAGUGAUCGUAGUUUUAGUGAUAGUAGUCCAUAAGCUGUUUGAAUAAAGAGACGUAUUUGUGAACACUGCCGGGUUUACUUUGUUUUCUACAGCUGAAGUAGCCAAAGCUAGUAUUAAUUUUUUUUGUUUUCUUCCUCUUUGCACCGAAACCUCACUUAAAACAAGCAUUUUCAAUUCACUCUAAAGUACCACUAGACAUAUAAAUUUGUUUUGCCUUAGAUUUCAAAAAUUCUCCUUUGUUGUUGUCAAUUACUUAAGGUGCUUGCACCAAAAUGUGGGCGUGGACAUUUGUAUACAGGAUGCAUGGCAUAACCCAUAGUUAAUGCAUUAUAAGCACAGCGUAGAAUAUUGUAUGCAUCCAACAGAAGCCUUACAGGUAUUCUGUUGUUUAACUCGCAUUUGUGAGGUAAAAGUAGCCUAGUUGGGUUUCACAAUGUCAUUAAAUUCAUUGCAAUAAAAUUGCCACAUACCCUGUGUUUAUACAGUUGAAGUAUGCAAAUUUGUGAAGCCUACUAAGUGAAGUUUCAAUGCAGUAAGAAUAGCGAGUAUAUAGAGCAGUGUUUCAUGUUAUUUUCUUUUUGUGUGUGUGCUGGAGUUCAAAGGUGCACUCGCAGUUGAGCCUUGAAAUACUUAACUGUAAAAGAACAACAUGCCCAAUGGUGGUUCAAAGGAACAUGUUUUACUGCGGCACUUGCUGCAUGUAUAGGUUUAUUUAUAUGUGUGUGUUUAUAAACUGUUCACAUUAUUGUACAUGUGUCAAAGGUAGAGCACUAUGCAUAAAGAUGCAUUUUAUACAUGUGCCUGCCCUCAUGUAAUGACGUAGUGGAGUAAGUAGUUAUGAGAUAGUAGACCUGCAUUGUUUUUAUGACUUUUCUUUUUGAAUCACUAAUUGCUGUUUUGUAUAGCAACUCUCUCGGACAAGUUGUGCUUUAUAUGCUCUUACGGAAACAUUCCCCUUUUAACCCAUGCUACGGAUUUAUAUUUUUUACUGUGCAUAUCAAGUUCUCUGCUCAUGUUCAUCAUACACUCUGUGGCAGCAUCGCUACAGGUAAAUAGAAGUUGCAGUCAGCAACACUUAUAUCUUCCAUCAUGUUAACUUAUUUCAGCUGUGUCGUAAUAUCGAAGAAUUGCGUAACUUAGAGAAGAAUUAACUGCUACCUAAAAGUGACAGUUUAUUGCAGCUUAUAUUACAAAAAAAAAAUUGUGGCUCUGAAAGUCAUGUAUCAUUUGUGGUCUGAGUCAUUGAAGCUGUGAAUGUAUAGGGUAGUAAUAGUGUUGGAUUUUUUCAAUUAAAGAAAGUAUAUUUUGUUACCAACACAUUUGUCAGUAAGCUUUGUGUAGUUACAUUUUUAGCUAGUCUACCAGUAGUAUGUGUAUUCUUUAAAGCUCUUUAGCUUCAAAUGUGCUCGUAAUAAAAGCAUUGGUUCACUUUAGAUGAUCUAAUUUUUAAGUUUAGUUCUGCCUUUUUCUUUCAGUAUUUGUUUAAAGGUGCUAGAAUUAGUGAUCAGAUUAUUUUAAAAAGCGAGCUUGUGGUUUUUAUUUUAAGGUGUAUGCAAAUCACAAAGGUCAUUGUUUGUGUGGAAUGUUUUAAGAAACAAAAGUUCACAGGCCAUGAAAUUGUAGAAACAUGUAUAUUUAAGCCUAAUGUGCUCACAGUCCAGAAUUAAACUACAUAGCAGUGGUACUAAAAGCAGCUGAGAACAACAGUGCCUAGUAGUCGUGGCUCAUUUUGCUGUGCAGAAAAUUUUUCACAUGAUUUCAGAAUCAGUAAACUUUUGUCAGUGAUAGUACAUACUUUCACGGCAUUGAAUUCAAAGCAUUGUAUCCAUAGUUUGUAAUUGGUAUCUUUGGGAUUCUUUUAAAGCUGCAUAUUGCCGAUGUUCAUGUGAUAAAGGCUAGGUGAAGCUAUAUGUAUGUUCCAUGUGACUGCAGAUAUUCCGCAUGAGCGAUGUUUUCUCUAUUUAUGGCUAAUAAACGUGCAACCAGUUGUAAAUGUAUAUAGUAUAUAUGUGUGCUGAAGACAGUGGCUCAACAUCUUUUUUUCCAUUGCACUGCAUUCACACUAAUGGUAUCUCACUGUUCCAAAUUUCUUGUAAGAUGUCUCUGUCUGUUGUAUGUCAGCUAAGUCUAGUUUUGGUGGACCGCAUGUGUGCUGCAUAUAUUUAGAUGUAUGCCAUGCCUUCACAUGCUGAAAUGUUAGAUUUGCUCAGAACAAACGUGUUCAUCAAUAGAUGCAUUAAAUAUUGUUGACCUUGUUGUUUUCUAUUCAUAGUGGGUGUACGUAUAGAAUAUGUCCACUGUUGAAGUCGUACAGCUUGUUCUCAUAGCUCUAUUUUGCUGAAACGGGUUCUCAGGCUAACAUAAUUUAUCAGAGAUAUGAGAAAUAUUUAGAAAAUAUAUAAAAGUGCUUUUCUCUGCUCAGGCAUGUCAGUGCUAUAAUAUAUUUACAAGCUUUACAACCACAACUGCCCAUUCUUAAAUGAAAUUUCAGUUUCAGUGACUUUAGUUUUAGAUGUUUUAAUCAUUGUGAUUCAUGACAGUGCUGUGUUGUUCAGUGAUAUUAGCUUACACAUAGCAUAAAUAUAUUUUUUGUAUAGAUGGUGAUAUUUUUUAGUUACUGUUCUUGAAGGAAAGGUAGCGGCCUUUGACAAAUAUCUGGUCUUAGCUUUGAGACAAUGUGGGUAGCCAUAUUUUUGGAUGCCAUUUAUUGCCUCUCUGCGCUUCAUUAAUGUUGUGUAAUGGCACAGCACCAGCGUUAAAUAAAAAGUAAUGUUUGCAUGCUGAAAA